CCCCCGGCCAGUCCUAAUCUUCUUCUAUCUUGUGGUGUGAGACCUUGGAUAAGUCUCCCUUCCACCUUUUCCUAUUACUUAAAUGGUGAAUUUGCAUAAACCAGGCUCUAAGGGUCUUUUCUGCACUGUUUGGCUGUCUACAAAUUGGCAUCCAAGUUUAAAGGAAGACCCCGAAACUUAGAAAGGUCAAUGGCUUGCCCAAGGUCAUAUAGCGAGGGCCUGAUGUACACAUGUCAGGAGCCUGGGGCAUCCUCAGCUCAGGAAAAGGGGCCUCCUGGGAGUGCCGGCGUCCACACGGGAUCAAAAGGGUGCUCUCAGCCUUAAGAAGACCUCAGCCCGAGUUUUAGGUGUAGGCCUGGGCCGCUGCUGCCCUCGUGCGGAGGGAUCCCGUGAGCAUACGGCGCCAUAGCCAAAGAAGCGGGCACUGGGACCAUGACGCCAGGAGGACACCAGUCCAGUCCCGUUCCUGUAGGACCUCGUUUAUUAUUACAGGGCCCAUUUAAGGGCACUUAGGCCCCACUAGGCUCAUCAGAAAACCUUGAAGCAGUCCCUGGAUUUAACCACUAAUGGUGGGUUUGAGUACGGCAAAGCACCUUCUACAGGCCUCUCGCUCCCCAUCUGGCAAAUGGGCAUCCUAAGCAGCCAGACACCCAAGGACGAUAACGGGAAGGAAAGGCACCCUGCAUUUAUGUGCGAGGCGGGGCAAACCGCCUGAGUCACCGCUCACGGUUGUGUUUUUCCACCUCCCGGCCGCCCCUCCCAUCCGGAUGAGUCCUGGUGGGUCCUCCUGGAGGCGCCCCCUAGUCCCUUGCUCCGCACGCCCUGACCACGCCCCUUGACUCGGCCCCGCCCACAGCGGAAUCCGCAGAUUCGCCAGGCCGGAUCCUCAGAAUUCCUCGGGUCCCUCGAUACCCGGCUGAAAAUUAUCAUCGGACUCUGACAGGAGCUCUGGGCAGGAGGCAUUUUCCCCAGGGUCAGAAGCGGGCUAUCCUCUCACUGGGGCCAGUAAGAAAAAUCCAGAAAAAGUUGUCGAUUCUGCCAGCAGGGAUUGGCUAACGGGCCGUUAUUUUCUUGACUCCACCAAGGCGGAUGAAGGGGAGGCUGCGGCUGAGGCCGGGAACAGUGGCGAAUCUGCAGCCUCUCAGACUUUGGCCGUGCAAGGAAGGGACCGGGAAGAGGAGCAAAGCGGCGCGCAUCCUGUCCAGGGAUUCGCCCCGCCCGCCCGGCGAAUCUGCGUCUCCCGAACGCGCCACUGAAGCUUCCCCAGCGCUGGCUGGCCUCCUCCCCUCUGCCCCGCCCCUUUUCCUCAGGGACUAGUCGCAGCUUUCGUCGCCGCCGAUUCGUCAAGCGUCCCGGGCCGCAGCAUCUGGAUCGUCGUGGCGAAGCCGACUCUCCGGGGGAUGCGGCCAAUCUCCAGGCUCCCUGGGCCGCAACUCCCGAGCCUCCCCGGGCGCCGGCCGAGACGAAGCCGCUAUCCCCGGCCCCGUGGGUUCCCGGGCAGCGCCUGUGGCGAAAGUGCGAAUGCACACCCUGUGCCCGCUGGGCCUCGCGCAGUGUAAAUGAGCAAAGAUGGAUCAGGAAGGUGGGGGAGAUGGGCAGAAGGCCCCGAGCUUCCAGUGGCGGAACUACAAGCUCAUCGUGGAUCCUGCCUUGGACCCUGCCCUGCGCAGGCCUUCUCAGAAGGUGUACCGCUAUGACGGAGUCCACUUCAGUGUCAACGACUCAAAGUAUAUACCAGUCGAAGACCUCCAAGACCCCCGUUGCCAUGUCAGGUCCAAAAACAGAGACUUUUCCCUCCCAGUCCCUAAGUUUAAGCUGGACGAGUUCUAUAUUGGACAGAUUCCACUGAAGGAAGUGACUUUUGCAAGGCUGAAUGACAACGUGCGGGAGACCUUCCUGAAGGAUAUGUGCCGUAAGUACGGCGAGGUGGAAGAGGUAGAGAUCCUUCUUCACCCCCGUACGCGCAAGCACCUGGGCCUGGCCCGUGUGCUCUUCACCAGCACUCGAGGCGCCAAGGAAACAGUCAAAAACCUCCACCUUACCUCCGUCAUGGGCAACAUCAUCCAUGCCCAGCUUGACAUCAAAGGACAACAACGAAUGAAAUACUAUGAACUAAUUGUCAAUGGCUCCUACACCCCUCAGACUGUGCCCACUGGGGGCAAGGCCCUGAGUGAGAAGUUCCAAGGCUCGGGUGUAGCCACUGAGACGGCUGAAUCCCGCCGUCGCUCUUCCUCCGACACUGCUGCCUACCCAGCAGGCACUACUGCAGUGGGCACUCCUGGCAACGGCACCCCCUGCUCCCAGGACACAAGCUUCUCCAGCAGCCGACAAGAUACCCCAUCUUCCUUUGGCCAGUUUACCCCUCAGUCCUCCCAAGGAACCCCCUACACGUCUCGGGGCAGCACCCCCUACUCUCAGGACUCCGCCUACUCCAGCAGCACCACUUCAACCUCCUUCAAGCCCCGGCGGUCAGAGAACAGCUACCAAGAUGCCUUUUCCCGCCGCCACUUCUCUGCAUCUUCAGCCUCCACAACCGCCUCCACGGCCAUCGCCGCCACCACUGCAGCCACCGCAGCAUCCUCCGCCUCUUCCUCCUCUUUGUCCUCAUCCUCUUCGUCAUCCUCUUCCUCCUCGUCCUCUCAGUUUCGUAGUUCUGACUCAAACUACCCAGCGUAUUAUGAAAGCUGGAAUCGCUACCAGCGCCAUACUUCCUACCCAUCACGCCGGGCCACGCGGGAAGAUCCCCCUGGAGCCCCCUUUGCUGAAAAUACAGCUGAGUGCUUCCCACCUUCCUAUACCUCCUACCUGCCCCCCGAGCCCAGCCGGCCCGCCGACCAGGACUACCGGCCUCCUGCCUCAGAGGCUCCACCCCCGGAGCCUCCAGAACCUGGCGGAGGCGGGGGUGGAGGAGGGCCCAGCCCUGAGAGAGAAGAAGUUCGGACUUCCCCCCGCCCAGCCUCACCUGCCCGCUCCGGCUCCCCAGCCCCAGAGACCACCAAUGAGAGCGUGCCCUUCGCCCAGCACAGCAGCCUGGAUUCCCGCAUCGAGAUGCUGCUGAAGGAGCAGCGCUCCAAGUUUUCCUUCUUGGCCUCUGACACAGAGGAGGAGGAAGAGAACAGCAGCGUGGGCCUUGGGGCCAGAGAUGCAGGGAGUGAGGUGCCUUCUGGGUCAGGGCAUGGGCCCUGCACACCCCCUCCAGCCCCAGCUAAUUUUGAGGAUGUGGCACCUACAGGGAGUGGGGAGCCAGGGGCUACCCGGGAGUCUCCCAAGGCAAACGGACAGAACCAGGCUUCUCCAUGCUCUUCUGGAGACGACAUGGAGAUCUCCGAUGACGACCGGGGUGGCUCACCCCCUCCGGCCCCGACGCCCCCUCAGCAGCCUCCGCCGCCUCCCCCUCCCCCGCCUCCUCCUCCUCCCUACCUGGCGUCCCUUCCCCUUGGUUAUCCUCCCCACCAGCCUGCCUACCUCCUCCCACCCAGACCUGAUGGGCCGCCGCCCCCUGAGUACCCCCCACCUCCUCCACCACCCCCGCACAUCUAUGACUUUGUGAACUCCCUGGAGCUCAUGGACCGACUUGGGGCUCAGUGGGGAGGGAUGCCUAUGUCCUUCCAGAUGCAGACCCAGAUGUUAACUCGACUCCAUCAGCUGCGGCAGGGCAAGGGAUUGAUUGCCGCCUCAGCUGGUCCCCCUGGUGGGACCUUUGGGGAGGCCUUCCUCCCAUUCCCACCCCCCCAGGAGGCAGCCUAUGGCUUGCCCUAUGCUCUAUAUGCACAGGGGCAGGAGGGCAGAGGGGCAUACUCGCGGGAGGCCUAUCACCUGCCCAUGCCCAUGGCAGCCGAGCCCCUGCCCUCCUCCUCAGUCUCGGGAGAGGAGGCCCGGCUGCCACCCAGGGAAGAAGGAGAGCUGGCAGAGGGCAAGACCCUCCCGACGGCAGGCACCGUGGGCCGUGUGCUCGCCAUGUUGGUCCAGGAGAUGAAGAGCAUCAUGCAGCGAGACCUCAACCGCAAGAUGGUGGAGAACGUGGCCUUCGGAGCCUUUGACCAGUGGUGGGAGAGCAAGGAGGAGAAGGCCAAGCCAUUCCAGAAUGCGGCCAAGCAGCAAGCCAAGGAGGAGGAUAAAGAGAAGACAAAGCUGAAGGAGCCUGGUCUGCUGUCCCUCGUGGACUGGGCCAAGAGCGGGGGCACUACGGGCAUCGAGGCCUUCGCCUUUGGGUCAGGGCUGCGAGGGGCCCUGCGGCUGCCUUCAUUCAAGGUAAAGCGGAAAGAGCCAUCGGAAAUUUCCGAGGCCAGUGAGGAAAAGAGGCCUCGUCCCUCCACUCCUGCUGAGGAAGAUGAAGACGACCCUGAGCGAGAGAAGGAGGCUGGAGAGCCCGGACGUCCGGGGACCAAGCCCCCGAAGCGGGACGAAGAACGAGGCAAGACCCAGGGCAAGCACCGAAAAUCCUUUGCUCUGGAUAGUGAAGGGGAGGAGGCGUCCCAGGAGUCCUCCUCGGAGAAGGAUGAGGAGGACGACGAGGAAGAUGAGGAAGAUGAAGAUCGAGAGGAAGCUGUGGAUACCACAAAGAAGGAGACAGGGGUGUCGGAUGGCGAGGACGAGGAAAGCGAUUCGUCCUCCAAAUGUUCUCUGUAUGCUGACUCAGAUGGCGAAAAUGACAGCACAUCGGACUCCGAGAGCAGCAGCUCUUCCAGCUCCUCAUCCUCCUCCUCAUCGUCCUCGUCCUCCUCGUCCUCUUCAUCCUCUGAGUCCUCCUCUGAAGAUGAAGAGGAAGAGGAGCGGCCAGCAGCCCUUUCCUCAGCCUCCCCGCCCCCCAGGGAAGUCCCAGUGCCCACACCAGCACCUGUGGAGGUGCCAGCGCCAGAGAGGGUUGCAGGCUCCCCAGUCACACCCCUGCCUGAACAGGAGACAUCUCCAGCAAGGCCUGCAGGCCCCACGGAGGAGCUGCCCCCCAGUGUGCCCCCCCCUCCCCCAGAACCACCUGCUGGGCCCCCGGCCCCCACCCCAUGCCCCGAUGAGCGUCCCUCUUCUCCUAUCCCCCUCCUGCCCCCACCCAAGAAACGCCGGAAAACUGUCUCCUUCUCUGCCAUUGAGGUGGUGCCAGCCCCAGAGCCCCCUACAGCCACACCACCGCAGGCCAAGUCUCCCGGACCAGCCUCCCGCAAGGCCCCCCGGGGCGUGGAGCGGACCAUCCGCAACCUGCCUCUGGACCAUGCAUCUUUGGUCAAGAGUUGGCCGGAGGAGGUGUCCCGAGGAAGCCGGAGCCGGGCUGGAGGCCGAGGCCGAGCCACAGAGGAAGAGGAGGCUGAGCCAGGGACAGAGGUAGACCUGGCGGUCCUGGCUGACCUGGCCCUGACCCCUGCCCGGCGGGGGCUGCCUUCCCUGCCUGCUGUUGACGACUCGGAGGCCACAGAAACAUCGGAGGAGGCUGAGCGCCCCGGGCCCCUGCUCAGCCACAUCCUCCUGGAGCACAACUACGCCCUGGCCGUCAAGCCCACAGCACCGACGCUGGCCCCGCGGCCCCCAGAGCCAGUGCCUGCACCCGCCGCCCUCUUCAGUUCCCCAGCGGAUGAGGUCCUGGAGGCCCCCGAGGUGGUGGUGGCUGAGGCGGAGGAGCCCAAGCCGCAGCAACUGCAGCAGCAGCGGGAGGAGGGCGAAGAGGAGGAAGAGGAGGAGGAAGAAGAGGGGGAGGAGGAGGAGGAGGAGUCCUCUGACAGCAGCAGCAGCAGUGAUGGGGAGGGCGCCCUCCGGAGGCGCAGCCUCCGCUCCCACGCCCGGCGCCGCCGCCCACCGCCCCCACCCCCGCCACGGCCGCCCCGCGCCUACGAGCCGCGCAGUGAGUUUGAACAGAUGACCAUCCUGUACGACAUUUGGAACUCGGGCCUGGACUCAGAGGACAUGAGUUACCUGCGGCUUACGUAUGAGCGGCUGCUGCAGCAGACGAGCGGGGCCGACUGGCUCAACGACACCCACUGGGUUCAUCACACAAUCACCAACCUGACCACCCCAAAACGCAAGCGGCGGCCCCAGGAUGGGCCCCGGGAGCACCAGACAGGCUCGGCCCGUAGCGAAGGCUACUACCCCAUCAGCAAGAAGGAGAAGGACAAGUACCUGGAUGUGUGCCCAGUCUCGGCCCGGCAGCUGGAGGGCGUGGACACUCAGGGGACGAACCGCGUGCUAUCCGAGCGCCGGUCCGAGCAACGGCGGCUGCUGAGCGCCAUCGGUACCUCCGCCAUCAUGGACAGUGACCUGCUGAAACUCAACCAGCUCAAGUUCCGGAAGAAGAAGCUCCGAUUUGGCCGGAGCCGGAUCCACGAGUGGGGUCUGUUUGCCAUGGAACCCAUUGCUGCUGACGAGAUGGUCAUCGAAUACGUGGGUCAGAACAUCCGUCAGAUGGUGGCCGACAUGCGGGAGAAGCGCUACGUGCAGGAGGGCAUUGGCAGCAGCUACCUGUUCCGGGUGGACCAUGACACCAUCAUCGAUGCCACCAAAUGUGGCAACCUGGCCAGGUUCAUCAACCACUGCUGCACGCCCAACUGCUACGCCAAGGUCAUCACCAUCGAGUCCCAGAAGAAGAUUGUGAUCUACUCCAAGCAGCCUAUCGGCGUGGACGAGGAGAUCACCUACGACUACAAGUUCCCACUGGAAGACAACAAGAUCCCGUGUCUGUGCGGCACGGAGAGCUGCCGGGGCUCCCUAAACUGAGGUGGGGCAGGACGGGUGCCCACACCCCUAUUUAUUCCCCCUGGUGCCCUGAGCUCCCAGCACCCCCCAGCCUUAGUGGGCUCAGCAGGGCCCACAUGCCCCCAUCUCCAAGCGUGGGGUUGGGGGGCCCCAAGCCCAGCGAGGGAGCCUCAGUCCCUGGAGGCAGCUUCUGCCUCUCCUGUCGCCCCUGCCCACCACCCCCUGAUUGUUUUUCUUUGCGGAGAAGAAGCUGUAAAUGUUUUGUAGCAGCCAGCAGCUGUUUCCUGUGGAAACCUGGGGUGCCGGCCUGUACAGAUUCUGUCCUAGGGGCUGCACAGUCCUCUCGCUUUGUGUUAAUGGGGACUUCCCCUUAUGCCCUGCGUGUACCCCUCCCCAGUUUAGGGGUCUCUGGGGCAGUGGCCAUGUUCUCCCCCUGGGGGGGCUCUGCACCCCCAGUCCUGGGGACUCCGUGCCUGGAACCCUGCCUCAUCUGUUCCUGCCAGACCCUGAGGGUCACCCUCCCACCCUGGUGUCAUGCCCCGGCUCAGCCAGGCCAGGAUGGCGGGGUGGGCCCCUUCUGCUGGGCUGGACUGUACAUAUGUUAAUAGCGCAAACCUGACGCCACAUUUUUAUAAUUGUGAUUAAACUUUAUUGUACAAAA